AGGCAGAGAGAGAGAGACAAGUUGCCGGGUGUUUGUGCGGUGUUGUCGGUGCUGUCCCCGUAUCCCUGAAGCUGUUUAGCAAGUAAGUCGAAGGUCUCGGCUCUGUGGCGCUGGAAGUUCUGUCGGCCCGCUGCCGCAGGUUGACCUGCCAAGCGGUUUGGUGGUGUGGUUGCUCCAAAGACUAACACUUUGAAACUGGGCUUUCGAAGUCCCUCAGCUUAAGGCCUUGCACACGCUUGGUGCGGUUUGUCGCUUGUUUGGAAUUUUAGCACAGGAAAAGUGCUUCGAUAGCUUCAAGUCGUUCUGGGAUAGCCGCCGGGGCUUAUUCGAAGCAAGGCAACAGCCGCAGCAGCUAGGCAACCAUAGCCUUUUUCCUUCCUCGCGCGUUUAGAGCAUCCCCUGUGACCGUUGAAACCGAUCGAAUCGCCAGCUGUUGCCUUCGUGGCAUAUUCUGCCUUCGCCAUAUAGGGUGCUCUAGGGGAUUAGUUAGUACGGUCCGCUAAUUAUCUAUCCUGUCAGCCCGCCCGUUGUGUGGCCUUCCGCAAAUGCUAUCCCAACUGUACACAGUGCUGCGUCUGUUGCUCAAUGACCAGCCUGUACUCCGAGGGCAUCUAAUAUUGACCUCCUCCUUUAUCGGCUCAAAAUAAUGCCCAUCAAAUUCCCGGACUCCUUCUUAUCAUCCCUAUCGUUUGACCCGUUAUCCCCUGCCUCAUCGGACAGCGAGAGUGAGAAGGACGAAGCCGCGAGGGCCGCAAAGAGAAGGAGAAUCGAACGAGUAGCACGAGAUUACUUGCAGGGACAUCCGCCAUUUAUUUCAACGGCUACACUGCUUGGACCAUUCGACAAUGGUUGGGUCAAUCCCUGGCGGAAGGUACAUAACCCACGGUCUGUGUCUUUUCCUCACAGCACACAACAGCACACUUCGCGGCCAUGUGUGAUACAAGCAGAGAAGCCUUCCGACCCACAAGCGGCAACGCUUCAAGAAACCCCAAACCUGUUUGCUGGAACUGAUAUAUAUCAGAAGAGCAACCAUGUGUGCGAAUCCCAGUCUCGGCGUAUAAGCACGAACCUGGAAAGUCGGAGUCGAGCCAGUUCAAGACAGUCUUCGAAAUCAAGGUCAGCCACUGCAUCGGAUGUGUGGUCGAAGAGAGACAAGUCACGACCGCACCUCGGACUAGACGAGACACCAAAGUCUCCAAGCCCGUCCCCGUCAGUUAGAUUAAGUAGCUCUCGCGUGUCGAAGCGCCCUUCCGAGAGGUCACACAGGAGCUCGCCGUCUCCCUGCCGUGCAGGAACACCCACCAGUCAGGUCACGUACCAUCGAACUAUCAACUUCACAGCAAUCAAUGCAUCUGCCCCCGCCGCUCGUCAACUGAUUGCCACUACUCACGAUCCCACUUCCCAGAACAAGCAAGCGACCUUUCUCCAUCAUAAUCACGGUAGGUCGGCUGAGUCAGACAAGCUGCGGAUGCUGCACAAGUCCAGUCUAGAGGAGUCUAUUCGUGCAUCAAAAGGUCCAAGCACUGCGGGCAGUCCUUCCAGGGCUAUCCCUACUCUCGAGCCUGUGUUAUGCAACAAGAACCAGCAUCAAGCAGAGAUACCCGCACCAACUGCAAGCAAUACUCUCGACGCCACAAACAACUCAUCACUCGAAAAUGCAGCUGCUUCAGGAAGGAAAUCCGAAUUCUUGCAGGAGAAGAAGGCGAUCGUUAACGAACGCCAGAAGGCUUCAAUUACGUGCAACACUUCCGUCCCCCCUUUGAGCCUGAGAGAAAGUGAGGCACGAAGGACGGGCUCGACUCUCCCAGAGCAGGACUCCGAAACGAUACCGGCCGCUCAGGUAGUUCCACCCAUCUUCACUCCACCGCAGCUCACUCCAUUUACCUCUGCGGACCUGCUCCAACUUCCGUUCCAUCAAAGCAACGAAUCCGCGGCGGAAGACAGCCGCCCGCCGGAUAAUAAUAAAGAGAACAAAACUAGUAACUUACAAGCUUCGGCUCCGACUACACAGGAGCCAGGAACGAAUAAUAAUGCGUGCCCGCCAUCCCUGAAAGGAGCUCAGCAGCGUCCCACCAACCUGCUUCGAAGAGCUGCAUCGAGCAGUUCGUUGCAGAAGGUCAUCAAGCCAUUCUAUUCCUUAACCGGCGGCCUUCGGGCGAUAGGUGCAAAAUCAAAACCAAGUACAGUGUCAAAGAAUGCCCGAUUUCACGACGAGAAUACGGAUACUAAUGACCAAGCGAGUGAACACGAAGGGAAACAAAAGCAGACCGCUCCGGGGCCCGACAGAUUUGCACUGACUGCAUCCUGUCCUCCUAGUCCACGGCCUCAGCAGCAGAUCAACGGCCCCUCCCAGCUGCCCACUCGGGCCCCUCCUGGGAGCUCUCUGGCGGGGGAGCAGCCCUCCACCACCCACUCCUCGGGAACACCAUUGUCGCUUGCGAUGGCCAUGAGCGGGCUUACGGACCUCUCGACUCAGCCCGACGGCCAAGGCUUGCUCGUUUUGCAAGAGAACAACUUCGACCUGACAGGAGCGAUCGAAGAUGCCGAGAGCUUUCUUCAAAGCUGGGAUAUUGAGCGGGACCGACAGCUACUGCGAGAUAACACCGCAACAGCCAAUGGCCUGAAACAGCCCACCCCCAAGGUUUAGGCACGAGCGAAGAUCAAGAUGUGUUGGUCCAUACAUACAUACAUACACACAUGUGUGCUAAAUAACCUUGUUUCUUUUUGGUUCUUGCAUCGUUCGCUCGCCCUUUUUUAAUCUUUUUUAUA